AUGGAAACUGAAGCACUGCACUCUGUCGUGGUCAUGCUGCCUCCAAAGAACUGCAUCCCGAGAAACUACAGCUGUAUUGCUGGGCUUUUCGGGAGCUUGGCAGCUGUGAAUCAAGUGAAAGAAGAGGGAGAAGAGGACCUUAAUGGAGACUGCGAGCCGUUGGAAUUCCAGGUGGUGGAAGAAAGACCCAGGGGCAGAGAAAGCUUUCUAAAACCGCCACAGAGUCCAACACAGCGCCGCAGGUGCAAGUCUUUGCCGACCCCAUCCGAAAGAGCUAAGCUUGAGAUUUGUCGGACCAGAAGCCCAUCAAGUCAGAAGAAGGUUCGCUUUGCAGACUCUUUGGGCUUGGACCUUACUUCUGUCAGACACUUUGACGACACUGAUGAGCCGGAGGUUCCAGAACGCAUCCUGUCAAAGUUCAGGUGUCAGACUCCACUUUAUCUCAAAAGAUUUGACAAGUUUCCUACUGUGCCUACUCAAACUAUUUUGAUGGAAAUGGAGUUCAUAAAUCCAGGAACUCUACCCGACUUUCUAGAGAAAGUGAAAGAGUUAAAAGUGUUGUUGGAAUGUGUUCAGAGUGACGAUUUCAGCCUCUCUGGGUUUGUAAGGGUCCUAAACAUUGCAUUUGAAAAGAGCGUUGCUCUAAGGUACACUCUCAACAACUGGAUGACAUGUAUGGAUACUCUGGCAUCCUAUGUCCCACAAUCGAAUGAUGGAGUUACUGACAGGUUCUCCUUUAAAAUGGUUGUCCCUACCUUUUUGGAGAGCGGCGGUACGUUGCAAUUUGCUGUAAAGUACACGGUCGGUGGAGAGGAAUAUUGGGACAACAAUUAUGGGAAUAACUACAAGGUUAAACGCCACAAGUUCAAAAUUUCUCCCCCACGGGAAUGGGAGGAUGGCUGGAUUCAUUUUAUUUAA